GACAAAGCCUCUGGCUCUGGCUUUCAAUCCAAAAAUGAAUAUUUGUUUGGCAAGAUUGAUAUGCAGCUCAAGCUUGUCCCUGGAAAUUCUGCUGGCACUGUCACAGCCUACUAUUUAUCCUCAAAAGGGUCAACCUGGGAUGAGAUAGAUUUUGAGUUCUUGGGGAACUUGAGUGGUGAUCCUUACAUUCUUCACACCAAUGUCUUCAGCCAAGGCAAAGGAAACAGAGAGCAACAAUUCUAUCUCUGGUUUGACCCAACUGCUGAUUUCCACACCUAUUCAAUUCUUUGGAACCCACAGCGCAUUGUCUUCUCUGUAGAUGGCACUCCCAUCAGAGAGUUCAAGAACCAAGAAUCCAACGGUGUUCCGUUCCCAAAGAACCAACCAAUGAGGAUCUACUCAAGCCUUUGGAAUGCAGAUGAUUGGGCCACAAGGGGUGGGCUUAUCAAAACAGAUUGGAGCAGAGCUCCUUUCACUGCUUCCUACAGGAACUUCAAUGCCAACAAUGCUUGUGUUUCAUCAAAUGGAGCUUCUUCAUGCAGCUCAUCAACUAGCAACGCAUGGCUCUCAGAAGAGCUUGAUUUAACGAGGCAGGAGAGGCUGAGAUGGGUGCAGAAAAACUACAUGAUCUAUAAUUACUGCACUGACGCUAAGCGAUUUCCCCAGGGCCUCCCUACAGAAUGCAAGUCAUAAAUGGCUUAA